CAAGAAGCAUAAUCGUGCUGUCAAAUGAGUGCAAACAGUUCUUCGACUUUUUUAGAAUUUUGGUUUUUGAUUGCUCGUCACACAGAUACACAACAAAAAAAGGAGGAGGAAGAAAACCGUAUAACUAAGAAAGAAAGAAACAACGAUUCGUGAUCGUAAUUACCGUUAUCAUCGAUCAUUACUUCGUCCGGUGAAAGAUCGCUCAACCGUCAAAACAACGAGUGACACGGUUUGCCUUAUAUAACAACGGAAAAAACAGGCAAGUGUCAGAACAACAUUCGCGAACAACGAAUGCCAGUUGGACCUCCAGUCCAACCAUUCGCACCGAUCCAAGAGACAUGGCUGAAGAAAAUCCCAAAAAAUUUUACACUCAAGUUUACGAUCGGGAGACCGUAGAAUAUUUGAAGACCGAAUUCGACCAGCUCAGAGACAACUGUUACCUCGAUCAUGCCGGCGCUACUCUCUACUCCAAAUCCCAAAUCAAAAAUUUCGCCGACGAUCUAUCCUCCACCCUUUAUGGAAAUCCACACUCACUUGGAUCCGCCAGCAAACUGACCCUGGAUAUUAUUGACCAGAUCAGAUUCAGAAUCCUGGAUCAUUUUCACACGAGCAGUGACGAGUACAGCGUGAUAUUCACAUCGAGCGCAACAGCGUCGCUGAAGCUUGUGUCCGAGAGUUUCGCGUUUUCUAAACACGAUGAGAUCCAAGGUGGGUGCGGAAGAUUCGUGUACCUGCAGGAUAAUCAUACUUCCGUUUUGGGAAUGAGGGAAGUGUUGGGGGAGAGAGGAGCCGAGGUUUUCUGCCUGGGGCACGAGGAGGCCUUUAAAAUAUUUCAUGGCGAAAGGAGUCGAAGGAUAGAGCCGGAAGUAGAACCCCGGAAGUUAAAUUCCCUCUUCGUUUUCCCCGCUCAAUGUAAUUUCUCCGGGUUGAAAUACCCGCUGGAAUGGGUGAAGAUUACCGCCGAGGAAAACGCGCUCGAUUAUCUCGUCGAUGAUCGACGAUCCAAGUGGUUCACCAUGCUCGACGCUGCUUCCUACGUUGCCACGAACGAUCUCGACCUCGCCAAAUACAAACCAGACUUCGUUUGCUUGUCGUUUUACAAAAUUUUUGGAUACCCGACAGGACUUGGAGCUCUUUUAGUCAGGAACUCGUCGGCCAAUCUUCUCAGGAAGGUUUACUACGGCGGUGGAACCGUAGAGAUCAGCCUCAGCUCCGACAGGUUUCACUCCAAAAGACGCGUUCUUCAUGAAAGGUUUGAGGACGGGACGCUGCCGUUCCUCUCGAUAGCGUCACUGCGACACGGUUUCGAUGUCCUCGACAAAAUUCCUAUGCAGAAAAUAUCCCAGCACGUAUUCGGCCUCGCCAAGUGCCUGCACAAUUCUUUACUAUUGAUGCACCACUCGAACGGAUCACCGAUAGCGAAAUUAUACUCAGACACAGCUUACGAAGACGCGAGGAUCCAAGGUGGCGUCGUGACCUUCAAUCUGCUUCGACCGAACGGUGAGACCGUCGGUUUCGUCGAGUUCCUGAACAUGGCCAACCUUCACAAGAUCCACGUGAGAACAGGAUGCUUCUGUAACCCGGGAGCCUGCCAGAGGCAUCUGAAGCUCUCGAACGAGGAGCUCAAGGAACACUUCAGCGCCGGACACGUCUGCGGGGACGAGAGAGACCUGGUGAACGGUAAACCGACGGGCGGAGUCAGGGUCUCCUUCGGCUACAUGUCGUCCAUGUCGGAGGUGACCUCGUUAAUCGAUCUGGUGAAGAAGUGCUUCCUGCACGGACCGGAAGUCGAGAAAGUUCCCGACUGGUGGAGGGCGCACAGGAUGAAAGUCAGGAUCAGGCAUAGCGAUGGUUCUUCGACUAGUGAUCUUGCGACGAUUCGUCCAAGCUCUGAUCAGCACGAUUUCGAUGAAGGAUAUUUUGAGAACGUGAUCAGAAACGGCGACGGGAUUUCCACGGAUGAUCGGAUUGUUCUGGAGGGAGAUGGGGAAGAGGAAGAGGAUGGCGGGGAUGAAAAGAGGCCGAAGUGCAGGCUGAGGAGACUUUAUAUAUACCCAAUCAAGUCUUGUGCAGCCUAUGAAAUCCGGGAAUCGUGGGUCAUUGGGGACAGGGGAUUGAAUUACGACAGAGAAUGGAUGAUCACGACGGCUUCGGGCGUCUGUUUGACACAGAAACAGGAGGUCAAACUCUGCUUGAUAAGACCGAUCAUAAGGCGAGCCGAUGAUGUUCUGGAACUCAACUAUCCUGGCAUGCCUUCGAUAAAAGUCCCUUUGAAGAUUGCAUCGAACGAACAAAGGCCUGCAGGGGCUGUUUGUCGAAGUAAAAUAUGCGGUCAUAGAGUGGAAGGAAUAGACUGUGGACCUGACGUUUCCGAAUGGCUAAGUUUAACUUUGGGUCGUCCCGGGCUUAGACUAGUCAAACAAGACUGUGAGGCGAAAGUGAAAAAUGGACCGGAAAUAUCUUUCUCGAGUCAAGCUCAGUACCUGUUAAUAAACCAAGAGAGCAUACGAUGGCUGGCGGAGAAAAUUUCCCCAGAUUCCGAGUGCGAUAAGGACACGAUUUUGGACAGAUUCCGAGGCAACAUAGUCGUCGAUGGCUGCGAACCUUUCGAAGAGAUGAAAUGGACGAGCAUAAGAAUCGGAAAGACGAUAUUCCAGGUCGACGGCCAGUGCACGAGGUGCCAGAUGAUCUGUAUCGAUCAAAACACAGGGAAAAAAACUGUGGAACCGUUGAGAACAUUGGCGGAAGAAUUUCAUGGAAAAAUGAGAUUUGGUAUUUACUUGAGUAGAGCGUGUGGUGAAAACGAAGUGAUAAGAAUCGGUGACCCGGUUACUUAUCAAUGCAACACCCACGAUUGACGUUAGAUUAAAUUAAAAUAGGACAGAAACUUUAUACAGUAAUAAUAUUCUAAGAUGUUUAUAUAUAUAAAUAACAAUAAGGACUU